AUUUUUUACCAAAAGUAUAAAUUAACAUUAAAUGUAAUUGUAUAUGUUACAAUUAGUUAUAAGUCAUGUCAUCAUUUUUAUUAUAAGAUGCCACAUAUUUUUUAGUGAAAGUAAAUGUAAAGAAGACACAUAAGCAAUGUUUGUAAAAAGUUUAAUUUGCUUGAUCAUCAUUAUAUAUAUACGUCAUUUCUUUUAAUUAUUAUUACCAAAAUAAUAUCGAUUGUUGGAGAAUAGUAUCAUCAUCGUCAUCAUCAUAAUGUUGCUCUAAAUAUAUACUAUUUAUUUCAGUUAUUAUUUAAUCUAAACUAUGGAUAACUGUUACAAAUUAAAAUAUGAUCGGAGUUCCACAUCAUAUUCUGAAUUUCUUGAUCCUUGUUAUUUAAGUGGUAUAAACCAAAGAUAUCUAAUAAAGGAUUAUCAUAGUAAAUCAAACUAUAAACUAUGUUUAAAAGAUUGUUUUCCUACAAACAGUUGAACCAGUAAUUUUGGAACAUUAAUUAACAAACUAAGACAUAAAUCCUCAAGCUUACACAAGUAUUUAUACAUCUUCAUUUCUUGGACCUGAUGAAUGCAAAACUGUUUUCAGAUUAAAAGAAAUAUGAAACUCCCGCGAGGCUUCAUAACUAUUCUUGCUCUUUAUGUUUUUAUCCAUCACAUGGAAGCACUCGAAGUCGGUGGUCCGACACAAGAACUGAUCAAUAGUAUUUGCACUGAGACUGUAGAUUAUGAACUUUGCAAAGAAAUCAUUCACAAACAUUUAGACACAAAAACAAUGAAUCUCUUCGAUCUCACCCAUCUCAUAUUCCGCAUCGCUACUGAACACGCCAGUGAUACAUAUGUUUUCAUCGGUAACAUCUUGCGUGAACAUCCUGAUCCUGAGGAGACGACUGGUCUCAACACUUGUCUAACGGCUUACACUGAUGAAACCAGUACUUUCUUGAAAGUACGCCAUGAGUUUUGCCAGGAAGAUUACGAACGUAUGAUCAUAGACAUUUUAUCCACAAGAAAGAUAUUGAAAAGAUGCAGGACCGAUUUUCAGAUUCCUCUGAACAAGAAGAAGCUUUUAAUAGAGAAGAGCAGGGUGAUGAAAAUCUUGAUCAACAUGUCUGCGGUUUCAGGGUAUAUGGUGAAAAAUGGAAAUGGUUAUUUGCUUAGCUCAGUUGUUUCCGAGCCUUGCUUUUUCAAUGAUGUAGAUCAAGUAAGUAAUACAUUAAUAAGCAGUUUGUAACAGAAAAAAAAAAGAGAGUCCAAUAUAGUAUUUGGAAAGAUUUGGAUUAUCUUUGAUUUUAAUAAGUUUUAGAUUAUUUAGGUAUAUUAAAAAGAAAUAAAACUUAUUUAAAAACAUAAAAUUUGGAUUUAUAUAUUUUUAUCAACAAACCACCAUAAACCAUAGCAAAUCUCUUAAGAUUCACUACUUCAAUUAUUUUAAAUAAAAUUAGAUUUUAUAGUAAAAUUUAAAAUCAUUGAUUCCAUAACACAUAGUUUUAGUAUACCCACUAAAAUGCAUAGCAUAUAUUUUCUAUGUUUUUUGGUAAAAUAUUCUCUGAUUUUUAUUAACAAAAAUGUUCUCUCAUUUUUAGUAAACAAUAAUCGUUCCAAACAAUAUAAAUUGUAAAUGUUUGUUAAUUUUCAUCUCAAAACUCUUUACCAAUGCAUAUAAUGGUUUAUUGGUUUUUAUAUUAUAGUAAAUAGUGUGUUGUCUUUUUAGUUUUUACUCUUUACUUUUUACUUGCUACUCCAGGACUCCUAAUGUCUCUCCAAUAAACAAUAAGUUAAAGCUUCCAAAGUUAGAUUCCAUGCAAGACCGAACUUCAAUCUGCAAACGUUUACGUAGUCAACCAAAAUCUUCUUCAGUUAGGUCUUCUUUUGUGUGUUGUUUACAAUAUAUCAAGACAUUGACUUAAUUUUCUUCUGGUACACUCUAUGUAUUGUUAAAUUAAUGUAUGUACUUAUUGAUGGAGCGGCAUUGACGUGAUUUUACAGAAAAUUAAGGUUAUAAAACAUGCAAUCAGUUUUGAAAAAUGACAAAACGCACAUUUAAAAGCUAAACAAAUGACCACACGGAAUAUAUGCACCCACAAAUUUUUCUUUUGACCAUUGACUGAAUCAUUAAUGAGUUCACUAAUAUGCCUAAUUUUCAAAGAUAAAGAUGUCGCCGAGUUCAUUCUCAAACGAUCAUAGAAUCACAAUUCACAAACCAAAAAAAACGAAUGAAAAUGUAUCGCAUUCUAUUGGUACUUUUGGCGAUUACACUCGUUUGCUCUGUCGCAGAAGCUCUUCUCGAUAAGAAUACUCAACAAAGAGUCGACGCAAUCUGCAAACAGACAAUAGACAACAAAUUUUGCAAGGGGAUCUUUGCCAAGAAGCUGGUUACGUCUUCCCCAAGCAACACAGAUCUCAUGAACGUGACAGUGACAGAAGGUGAAAGAAACUCGGCCAAGACGUAUUUCUUCAUCAGCACACUCCUUAGAGAUGCUGGAGACGAGAGGUCCGGUCUGCAAAAGUGUGCGGAUGCUUACGCUAUUGUGAACAUUGCGUUCACGGAUGCUGUAUCGUUCUUUAAUAAAGGACUAUACGGUGAGAUACUCAAACUCACGGGUAAACUUUCCAAGGGUGUUGGUAUAUGUAAGACAGAUUUUAAUGUGCCCGGUUAUCAUAUCAAUCCGAUGGUUGAGAAAAACAGAGAAACAAAGGUCUUAGUGGCGAUGGAAGAGAUCAUUGGUCAUAUGGUUUCUUCCUAAUUUGAUUGUUGAAGCUUUGAUAGUAUAAACAAAUGUUUUCAGAAAUAUUAUAAAUAAUGUAUUGUGAAGCUUCUUAAUUACAAAUAUCUACUCGCAUACA